UGUUGUCAUCAAGGAUGUGAAAAUGGCAGAAGGAGGAGCACAGAAUGUAUUGUGUCGAUAUUUUAUAAAUGGUGCUUGUCGUGAGGGAGAGCGGUGUCGUUUUUCUCAUAAUCGGGAUGAAGCUCGACCUUCAAUGGUGUGUCGAUAUUACUUGAGAGGAACCUGCUUUUAUGGCCGAACCUGCAGAUAUGAUCACACCCGCCCAGACAACAGUCAGUCAGAGUAUACUCAAGAAGAUUGUCAUGGAGAUAAUCCUGCCUCCGAGUCCUCCGAGAAUGCUAGAUUUGACCUAAGACAUCGGGAUGGUGUUGAAGAAACAAAACAGCAAUCUAGUCAGCCUAGUGCACUUGGUGUCAGCAUACAUGCCAAGGAGUUCUUAUAUAACCCUUCAAGUGAUCCACCUGCUAGUGGUGGAGGUACUAGGAAAUUGGAUAGCACUUGCAGCAGCAAAAAUAACAGUAACAUCAACAAGACCAGUAGCUGCACCACUAACACAAGCAGCAGCAGCAGCAGCCGUAGCAAUACAAGCAGCUCCAGUAGUAGGAACAGCAACAAAAGCAGCAAUAACAGCAACAGUGGCAUCAAUUUAACAAAACUGUGCAGUAAACAUGAGCGUUUACAAAAUUUGAGCCAAGACAGUCCUGCACCAUCUUGGGUGGAUGCCCCAGAAUUUGUACCUAGAUUUGCCAAAGAUAAUAUUUCUAAGCAAUAUGAUGUCUCAUAUGCUCAAGUUGCUGGUGGUGGAGACAAAGAUUCCUCUUCAGGCUUCAUCAGUGACCUUAGGUCAUCAGACAGUGAGCUGUGCCCUACCUACUUAAUGUCUGGCAAAUGUCAGAUAGGUGAAAAUUGUUCUUAUAUCCAUGGUUUACUGUGUGAAGUCUGCCAGCUAGCUUGCUUACAUCCUUAUGAUAAAGAGCAAAGGAGAACACACAAGGAGGAGUGUACUAAGCUAAUGGAAGCAGAAAUGGAGCAUUCAUUUGCUGUUGCAAGAUCUCGAGACAAAGUUUGCGGGAUCUGCAUGGAUACUGUAAUGGAACGUCCCCUGGCGUCUCAGCGAAGAUUUGGCAUCUUACCUAAUUGUGCCCAUUGCUUCUGUCUGAACUGCAUACGCAAAUGGCGGCAAUCUAAACAGUUUGAAAAUAAAAUUGUUCGAUCUUGUCCAGAGUGCCGAACGCAGAGUGAUUUUGUUAUCCCCUCUCGGUACUGGGUUGAUGACAAAGAUAAGGAAGAGAAAGAUAAACUGCUUGAUAGUUACCAAAUUGCACUAAGUGCUAAACCCUGUAAGUACUUCAAGCAAGGAGAGGGACAGUGUCCAUUUGGCAAUAAGUGCUUCUAUCUACAUGCUCUCCCCGAUGGUACAAAGAAAGAUGUUGGUCCUCCAAGACGCCGUCGUCGAUUUACUGCAGAUGGAGAAUUACAGUUGUAUCUUGAUAAUAUGGUGCUCUGGGAUUUUAUUGAAGAGCGAGAACAUCGUCUGGAGCUGCUUCGAGGCUCAAUCCAAACUCUGCUCUUGGAAUUGGAAUUGGAAGACUUGGCUGAUGAAUUCUACUUUGCCGAUGACUCUGUAUCAGAAACUUCUGAUUUAUAGGUUUGGGAUUUUAAUCGUGUUAAUGAAAAAAAAAACUGGGAAAUUUAUUGUUUUGAAUACAACAAUUAAAAUGACAUUUUUCCACUUAAAUGUUGAUCCGUAAGUUAAAUAUACAGUAAUUGCUUCUGAAAUUUGAUGAAAAUUAAUAAGUUUCUAGGGUUACAUAAUGUAAGCUUAAUAAAGCUGUGAAUAAUAAAAAAAUGGUAAAUAAAUAUUAAAAGUACUGUUCUUUUUUUUCAGAAGCAGUUAAACUAUUAAAUUGGUAUAUAUAUAUAUAGUUGUAUCUAAAAUGUUUUAACAAAUUUAUUGGAACAUUUUCAGAAACAUUUGUUCUAUAGGGUUAAUAUACCUGUGUAAAAUAUUCUGAAGUUCAAGAAUCGAGUAGUCUAAUAAAAAGGUAGACUUAUCGUGUUGAUUACAGAGCUAUUGUGUAAUUAUAUUGGCUGUAUACUUAACAAAAGUUGUAGUAAUCAUUUCCAGUAAGUCCUGUGCGUGUGUGUGUGCAUGUGCAUGUAUGUGGGUGUGUGCACGCUUGUGUGUAUGUGUGGGUGUGUGUUGUGCACUAUGACACAUUCAUAGCCACUGAAAUGUGUUAGUUACAAUGUUGCUCACAUAGGUCUAUGACCGAUGGAUUUCAGAAUAUAACAAUUAAUAAGGAAAUUGCUGUUCCUGCAUGUUGUUUUAAAUGACCAUUAAUUUACAAAUACAAGUGAUAGGUAUAUGACUCAUUAUUAAAUGUAUUGUUUCAUUUAUUCAGAUUUUUUUGACGUAAAUUCUCUCUGAAGCUCUAGUUUGUAGUAAGUUGACAUUUAUGACGUACAUCCACUGUCAUUAAAAAGAAAUGUCUCAUAGUAUAGUAAAGAAACAAAUAAUAAAACAAAAAAAAUUCAUUAACACUGCUGUUUAUUUAGCAGGAAAUUUUGGUCAUUGAAGAAUCUCGUAAAUAAAUGGCUUAUGGAAUCACUGUAAGGAAUAGUUCACAUGUUCAGUGAGAUAUACAUAACUUAAGCUAAUGUGGAAUAAGUUUGCUGCGUAAUGCUAUUACAACUGCUGUGUGGGCUGGUUUGUGCGUUCCCAAGGCUGGAAUUUGAUCUAGAAAAGUUAGAAAAACCUCUUUAAAUUAAAUGAAUAUUAUAAUUUUAAAAUUUAACUUGUAUCAACUAGACAGUUGUCAUUUUGAUACCAAGGUGUAUUGUUAGUAUUUAAAAGAUCAAUAUAUUCAUGAAUAUCUGGCCUGAAUUUUAGGAGGUCUGACUUGCUUUUGAUGUUUGGCAAUUGGUACCAAAUCUUGGCCAUUCACUGCAUUAAGAUUUCCCAGGGUGGAAAUGUCUGCAUUGAACUGACCGAUAACAGAUUCUUUGUUAUUAUUGCAGUGAUUUAGAAAAUAAUCUAGUUCCUUAUACUAAUGUGUUGUGUCAUUGGCUUUGUAAUUUUUUGUCCAGCCAACUCUUAUGACUAGGGAAUAGUGCUAGGAAAGCCUUUUGUCCUCGAGAAUGAAAAUACACACACUGAUAAUUCUUAAACUUUUGAAAAAUUAUCACUUCAAGCUUUAAAUAUUAAUGGUUGCAAGGAUCAGGUAUAUGCUGUAGGAACAAGGCUCAUGGGCCCCUAAUAGUCAUGUAUAAAGUUUUAAGUAUCUCAAUUUCUUAUGUUAAGUUCAAAUUUAACUUUGUUCCCAGUAUUUUUGCUGUCAAGUAUUUUCCAAGUUUCAGAUUGUAGGAGCCCUAUUAUAUUAAUACUACGUACGUCUGUGAAUGUGCUGUCAUUUUUUUGUCUUCAAAAUUUGAAACUUUCAGGUAGCAUUUUACAUGAUUUUUAUGCCAUUUUUUCAUGUGGUACUUAGAGAAAAGUAUUUUUCAUGUGAUAUUUUUGAGAACUUGCUAUAUAAAUAAUUAAUGAUUUUUGCCUUCAAAAUCCAGCUUUCUGUGGUGAAACAUUGUUGGAUCUGAUAGACAGCAUCCACACCAGUUAUAGUUCAAACCUAAAGAUAUUUCAAGCAGUCUUGACAUAGGUUUUAUAUAGAUAGUUCAGUAUUUCAUGAAUACACUACUGCCAGUCGUAUUUUGUUUCUGUAUGUAACUCGCUGCUUCACACACGGUGGGAAAACUUUGCUUUAAUGUAAAGACCUCUCUUUUUGGUUUAUGAAGCGGAUCUCGGCAUGUUUUGGAAAGAUUAUAUAGGGUGACUUUACCUUUCAAGUUUCUUCAGGAGUAAACCCCCCCCCCCUCAUAAAAAAAAAAAGAAAUUGAACCAAACUUUAAAUAUUUAAAAAUGAAGUCAUGUUUAAAUCUAUUUAAUACUUUGAUAAUUGUGUCAUGCAUGAUUGGACUCCUGUAACUUAAUAUGCUUAUUUGUGCAAGUGAUCAUGCAAUUUUACAAUGAAACAAAUUUAAGAUUUCAAUAGAUGUACAGUUCAUGCCAGAAGCAUUAUCACAAAUUCGCGCUGGUUAGGGAGUUACUAUGUAUUGAAAAAACUUAAAAGUGCAAAUUAGAUUCAAAAUGUCAUUAGAAUUGUCUAAGACAUAUUUAAUAAAUAAUUGGAUGUUGAAGUGAGGUUUAUGCUCCUCUGCUUGUGGAAAGUGACACAUUGAUAUUUUCCAAAAUUUACUUUGAAAUGAUGUAAUUAUAUUUGUAUGACUCGCUCGAUGUGCUUGGCAAAAUGAAAGUGAAGAUGAGGUGGCAUUUUCUCUGUAGUAUACAGGUUUAUUCCUUGCAUGGUUAGUCUUUAGUUGUAAGUUUACCAUUCUAGGAAGUUAAUAAUUGUCUUCUUCAUUAUUAGGGUUUCUCUCAUGUGUAGUGAGUUUCUUCCUUGUAUAUUUAUUUGUAACCAUUCCAUUUCUAGUUAUGUUAGUGCAUACAGAGCAGUCUUGUACGCUUCUUGUUUGUUGAGAACAUUUUUAAAUAGAAAUUCUGGCGUGUAGCAACUGAUUGCAUUAAAUGAUUUAGGAUAUAGACACUUUGAAAUGAAAGCCAAGUGCUCACAGAUUAGUGAAAAUUAUUUAUUGCCAUAAAGAAGUAUUGAGGGAGUUCAUCUAUAAUCAAUAUGUUAUUGAACAAAAAUGUAUGGUCAGUGAUUAUUGUCUGCCUCUGGGACCUUUUCAUAUCUUUAACACACACUGUAGUUUGUCUUGAUUCUCAGAUUCAUAGGUAUUAUAUAGGGUGACUGUUAAUCAUAAGAAAGUCUAUAUGAUGUGUUGUUCAUAUGUUAUUUUGUCACAAAAGCCAGCUAGUGAUUAUAUAUAUAUAUAUAUAUUAAAAUAUAACAAGUUUUUUUGUUAAACCUGCCUUUAUUGUCAAAAUUAUGUAGAAUAAGAUUGAGCUAGGUUGCUUUGUUAUAUGUGCUGAUUCAUGUAAUUUUAUGCUAAAAAAUAUUCAUUUGCAUCUAGAAUUAGCCACAUAUAAAUAGUCACAGCUGGUUCCAUUGGAAAAUAACUUGGAAUUUUCAUGUCUCGUGAUUUUGUUAUCCUGUUUUGUCCGCUACGUUUCUAAAUAUUGGUGCUUCAUGUAAUAAGGAACACGUAAUAGAAAUGCUAAGUUCAUGUUUUAACGGCAGGCAUUACUUAUUCCUGAAAGUGUGGUCAUCGUCACGUGCUGUCAACUGCAGUAGAACUGCAUUCUAGUGAAGUUCCGACAACAUCAUAUGACAAUUUACAUGGUGUCAGUAUUUAAAGACUAAUGAUGUCCAUAUGGUUGUUCCAAUAUCUCAGUGGUGUCUCCCAGCAGUCAUGGUGACUUUAAAACAAUUUGGAGUCAGACAUCCUUCAGUUUCUGGUCUCCCAUCAUAUUAUAUUUAUAGCACUUACCUGGGGCAAUGUGAAUAGUUUCACUAUACAGUAUAUAUUUAUUUUGGUUCAUAGUCCCCAACUUACGAAUGGGUUACAUUUCAAAAAUGUUUAAGUUGGCAUUCAUAGCUUAAAAUCAGGUUUCCCCUAGGCAUAAUGCUGCACAAUAAAUGGGUUAUGUGUUUCUGGAUCAUCAAAAAAUCAUUGUAACUAAAAACAAAAAUGAUUUGGGAAAAAAAUACACCAAAAGCUUUUAUUUUUCUGGAUAUACCUGUAACACAAAUGAGGGAUUUGCUAUGCUUGUCUGACUAUGCAUCUUAAAGACCAAGGAGGUCUAAUUAAUGAAAGAAGGCAAUAGAGGAUAAGGGAUACAUGGGAGGGGAGGGAAAGGUGGCAAAGAUUGGUAAGUCCUCUUCAAUGUCAUACAUAGUCCUCCAGGCAUGGGGCCCUUCUUUAGAUGAUUACUUCAGUGUUGCAGAUUACUGUAAAUUGCUGACAUUUAAAUCUUGUCCUUGAUAAUACAAAGGCACCUCCAAAUUUAUCCUGAGCAAAAUUAAAGAUUAUUCCAUUCGUACCGUUCUUCCCAAACUUUACGAGUGAAGUUUACCGAGCAAAAUCCAACAUUCAACUUGUCACAUGUGGAUAUCUAUCAGCAGAACCUGACUGUAAAGAGCUUUCACUAUACUGUAAAUAUUUUCUUCCAUUCACCCUCCCCUCUCCUAGCCUCAACAUGUGCAAUGUGCUGUCAAGCUCCCAGAACAGUUGAUUAUCUAUAGUUUCCUUUCUAGGGAAAUGGAUUGCCUGUUUCAUGGUACUGGUGCAUUACUAACAUACUUCCUCUCAUCAGCUAUGAUUAAUAGUAUUUUCAUUGAUAAACAUUUGAAAUAGUUUACAAAGUGCUCAGUGAGACAUCAUUGGACGCAAGAAAACUGCUGAUUGGGCAGUGUGGGUCAGCUAUGUGUCACCAUGGGCCAUGCUGAAGUUCCAGUAGUGCACUACACAGCCAUUUAGCUAUGGGUACGUAAGUGUAACGCUUUGUAUUACAGGAGACAAAGGGGUGGGUUUGUAUAACAGAUUCAAAUUCAAAAACCGUGAUUUUGGAUACCCAUUUGCAGAUUCCUUACUUUUGAAGACAAAAUUAUUUGUUUAGUCGUGGCUACCAUUACAACAUAAACUGAUAAAGCCAGAAGGAAUUUUGACUGCUGCAUAUCUGAAAAAAAAACUUAUUUGAUUUUUGUGUGUUUUCUUUGUACAAGUUUAAGCAUGUGUUUUCCAUGCUUUUGAAUACAGAUCUACAAUUCAAUACAAAAAAUAAUAAGUAAAAUACAGUAAUUAAAUGUUUUCUGUCACAGGCAGAGGGGCAAUUUUGAUGAUAGCUGCACUUUGAGGUUUAAACAAAUGACAAGCGUUCUAAACAUCUUAUUUGUUUACUUAACAUUCAGAGGAAGAAGAGUUACUGAUCAGGAUAUGAAGGCCAUGAUUCUACUACAUCCAUACACAAUCAUAUUCCCCCCUAGAGAGAUCAGUUACUGUACUUGAAAGUACAGUAACAAAGGACAAAGAUAUAUAAUGUCUUUAUGUUCUGUUUACAGUCGGAACUUAAACAAUUUGAAGAAUAAACUUGACAUUUCCAAGUUUGUUGAGCUGCAUUCACUUAGUUGUUUUGGUUGCUAGUAUUGAUACUCUGCUUGAAGACAGGCAAUUAAUGCUGCUUAAUGUUUGGAAUGAAUCCAGACUUCCUCAUAUAACAUUAAUAGUACAGUAGAUCAAUAUAGAGCAGUUUAUCAUAAAACAAAAUAAAACAUAUAUGUUUGGUGGUUUUUUAAUGCAGUAAUGUGCAGUUUCCUUGAAAAUUCUGAGCAUUUGCAUUGUUUACUAUCAAUCCCAAAAGAAAUUCUAUGAUUAACUGUGUACUAAUUUGACUGUGAAAAACCUGUUACAGGUAACUAAAAGAAGUUCAUUAGCUUAUUAUAAAAUGUAUAGAUGAACAAUGACUUUAAUAUUCAACAUUUUACCAAACCAUUUUAAAAAUUCACUCUAGUUUUAACUUUUGGUUAGUUGCCAGUUUUCUAAAUAGACAAUCAAUACAUAGAAUGCAAUAUUUCCAACUCGGGGCAAAAUUUGAGAGCAGGCACAAUGACAAUCGGUUGAUUUAAAUAGAUUAGGAUAUUUUUGUAAUAAAACUGAUAGAUUUCAAUACAAGGAUGCCUGCCACACUCACUCGUAUUUUUAUGUGGAACCCUUGUAAUUUACGUCAUUCCUAUAUAGUGCUUCAGUUACGUGCCAAAUUAUAGAUUAAUAUUUUUUUAAUUUUUUU